AUGAAUUCAAUUUUAUUUACUCUUAUCGCCACCAUCAUCAACUUUGGCCAUUGUAAAAUUUAUGUUACACGAAAUUCACCACCACAAAACUGGCAAAAGGAUACUAUACCAUCAGACAGUGAUACAAUACAAUUUUAUAUAGCGUGUAAACAUGAUCAAGAAUCAGUUGAAUGGUUAGAAAAACUAUUUUGGAAAAAGUCAGAUCCGUUGAAUUCAGAAGAAUAUCAACAAUGGUUAUCAUAUAAUGAAGUACAAAGAUUAGUUAAACCAAAAAAACAUUCACAUGAUAAAAUAUUAAAAUGGUUAUUAAAAUUUAUACCUCAAAAUCAUAUUAUAGAUUAUAAGGAUUCUUUUAAAAUUAAGACUGAAGUACAUUAUGCUGUUAAAUUAUUUGAAAGUAAAACAAAAUUUAGUUAUUAUAGACUUAAACAACGUCCUGGUAUCAAAAUUAUACGUUUAGAUGGUGAUUGUCAUGUAAAAGAAAGCAUAUUUGAACAUAUAGAUAUGAUUACGGGUUUAGAUGAAUUUCCUAGAGAUAUACCAAUAAGAGUAGUACCAACAGCAGGACUCAGUACACAACUCGAUAUAGUUGUCCCACAAUUUAUAACAAAAUACUAUCAUAUACCAAAUGUAACAUGUCAAGGCUUGCCAAAGCCAGUAUCACAGGCAGUUAUUGAAUUUUUGGGUGAAUUUUAUCUUGAAACAGAUCUGCAGUUAUAUUGUAAUCUUACAUCAACACCGUAUAAAGCAUUAAAACCUGAACAUAUAAUUGGUUCAAAUAACUUUACUAAUUUUACAUUAGAUUUUUUUGAAACAGCUCUUGAUAUGGAUAUAAUGAUUGGCCUUAAUCCAUUAGCCGAUUUAUGGUAUUUCAAUACUGAUCCAUAUGAUAAUAGAUGGUUAUAUAUAUUCACAAUGAUAGCUAAUCAUAUGAAAGUUUUGCCUGAAGUAAUGUCAAUAUCAUAUGGUAAUCCAGAAAAUACAAAUUGUGUGGGUGAGGUUGAUUGUGAUUCAUUUAAUCAAUCAUCACAUUUGGAAGAAAUAUUUAUUAAACGUGUUAAUAUUGAAUUUAUGAAACUUGGUUUAAGAGGUGUCUCAAUUGUUGUUUCAUCUGGUGAUGAUGGUGUAUAUGGUUAUAAUAAUACUGAUUGUAAAAGUACGACAUUUAUUCCACAAUAUCCAGCGUCAUCCCCAUAUGUAACAACAUUAGGUGCCACAUAUUUAAAAAAUCAACAAUAUCAACAAUUACAAAAUGCACCGCCAAUAUGUAUAAAUAAUCCACUUGGUCGUUGUGUUAGUGGUGGUGAUGAAGUUGCUGUUUCAUAUGAAAAUGAUCAUUUUACAUCAGGUGGUGGCUUUUCAAAUUUACAGUCAAUGCCAUCAUACCAAAAACAUGUUGUAGAAGAAUAUUUGUACGAGCAAAAAUGUCAAUUACCAUCCUCAUCAAUGUUUAACCGCACUGGUCGUGCAUAUCCUGAUUUAUCAGCAUUAGGUAAUUUUGCCUUGGUUGUUGCAAAUGGCUCAUUAGGUCUUGUAGGCGGUACAUCGAUGUCAUCACCCUUAUUUGGUGCGUGCGUAUCUAUAUUGAAUUCAUAUUCGAAACAAUUAACUAAUGGUAGAACAUUAGGUUUUCUGAAUCCAUUAUUAUAUUUAAUGUAUGAAAAAGAAUCAACUAAAAUAUUCAAAGACAUUACUGAAGGUAAUAAUCGUUGUACUACACAGACCUGUACAGCUGAUUGUAAAGGGUUUUAUGCAUCAGAAGGAUGGGAUCCAGUCACAGGUUUAGGUACACCGAAUAUUCGAGAGAUGUUAAAAUUUAUAAAAGCUUUAAACAGUACAAGAAUUGAUAAUGAAAAAUACUGA